CUAAACGUCAAUUCCGGUAAAGAAAUUGAACAAGCAUGAGCCUUGCCAAAAAGCGAAAAGCUGUCGAUCACAAAAAAAGCAAUGGAAACCAAUCCAAGAGUUCCAAAGUUCUAGACUUUGACCAGGAUGCGUUUCACGUUGAGAUCGGCUACUCGGAACUUUCCAUGGAAGGUAUUCACGCUCGGAUCCAGGAUCUUUGUCGGGGAGUCCCAAAGAUUCCUGACUCCAAGUUUGCCGAAAAGGAGGGCGGCAAAGGCAGCGAUUCUUCUGGAUCUCGGGAAACAUUGCCGCAGCCCAUUCAAGAAUUCCACUUUAACAAAACAGAAAUUCGCGAAUGGGCUACUUCUUUGCAGACAGUCCUAGAAGAGUUUCAUUUACUGGUCGCCUGUGUCAGUCCGGCGACAUACGCUUGGGGGACCGAUCGCUCCGGAGCCGCCGAUCAAAAUUUGAGUCUCUUGUCGAACGAAUUCAUGCGCGCUCAAGAGCAGCUCAUAGCGAGAGUGUCGCCCCGCUUAAAUGACGUACUGGCGCCGGUAGUUACGCUCGUGACGGACAAGACUGUCACCGAAAAAGUCGACGGAAAAGAAGUCAAGCAAAACUACUUCAUUACGACUCACGAGGAUCCAGACUACGCCAAUCUUUGCUACACAAUCUUGGCUCGGAACGCCGCGAGUCUCCGACAAGUUGUGAUUGCUAACUUUGAUAAGUUGCUACGCGCAGUGCACGAUUUUUUGAAUGCGCAGCACAAAGACAAUCAGCAUGAUUCACGUGGUUUCGUUUAUUAAUGGAAAAAUGCUCCCUCUCCGGAACAAACGACAUUGUGUUACUCGCGUUUCGUAUCUU